UAUUUUUUUCAUUAUCAACUUCAUUUUUGUAUAAGAUUCAAUCUGCAUCUCAGUGACAAAAAAAAAACUGAUAUUACAGAAUGUGUUUUUUUUUUCGUCCAAAAUUAGUGUGCAAAGUGUCCAUCGCGACGAAAGAAGCAUUUUAAUGUGUCAGUCAAACAGAAUUCUCUUUAUAAACAAAAAAUAAGAAAAAACACAUGUUGUGAUUUCAAUUUUGAUUGUCACUGAGAUACAAAUAGGCCUUGAUUACAUUUUUCAAAUAAAUAAAAUCAACUUCCCUUCAAACUAUUUAUUAUCGUUAUGUUUGUGUGGUGUCACUGUGUGUUGAAUAUUCAUGAUCAAUGCAAAGGCCAAAAAUCGUUGCGUCGAAGCAAAAACUUCCUCUUAUCAGAAAUGAUUCCAAAUUAUUUUGUUGAAGUAAUGUUAGUGGAUUUGUGUUAACGAUUGAAGUGAAUAUAUUUUUAAUUCAAAGGACGAAUCAGUUUUGGGUCAAUCUACGAACAUGCAAUCAAAGCCACUUUCAUCAGAAUUCCCGCUUUUAGAUGGUUUGGACUUUGAAUCAAUGGACAUGGAUCCGGGGACCGAAAGUUUUGACGCCAGUAUGUUUUUUAAUCUAAACAGCCCGAAUCAAGUUUUCAAUGUGGCCGAUGACAUUACCGGAGGUGUUAUUUCAGACAUCAGUUUUUCGGGUUUCACAAGCACAAUAACUUCUUCCGACCUACACACGAUACAAUCUAUUGAAACAGUAGGUCCAUUCAUGAAUAUCCUGCCCCCAAUUGGGCAGCCGAUGUUUCAACAACCGGUGGAAUAUGACACUUCGGUUGGUAACACCUUCACAACGACCGAAGAGCUCGUAAAUUCCAUAGAUAAUAUUUUAGAAAACGAUUAUCAGUCGGUUAAAGCGCGCGUCAAUUUACUGGAAAAUCUUGCAACAACUGCAUUAGACGGUGAUCUUAUCCAAUAUCUCAAGGGUGGUAAGCAACGUAAAUUGAUGAAGUAUAUUGAAGCCAUCCAACAAAAAUCAUAUGAAGAACAAAAGGCAAUCGCAUCAUUUGUUUUUAAUUUAUCUCAAAUUAUCUCCGAUAUAGAAUCGCGUCUGUGGCUAUUUUGCCACAUUCGUGAAGUGAUCAUUGUUGCUAAAUUUUGCAUGGUACAGCAGUGUGUCUGGCUCAAAGGUUUUGGUACUUCGAUUGUCCAUAAUUUAGCAUCAAAAGUUGGCAAUGAUCUGAUUCCGGAUAUUUCCUUUGACCUAACUUCGACAUUGAUCACAUUCGUAUCGCAAGAACCUAUCGAGGAACACCUAUUUACAGCUCUCUCAGCCAUCUGCAGCCUUUUAACGGUUUCGGAUGUUAAUAUUAGGAUAAAGCAAAGUGUAGGUUAUUUAUCUCGUAGAGGAAUUAGCAUGCGUUGUGAUGAACUCAUCGAUCAAAUCAAUCAAACCACUGGGAAUUUUCGUUAAUAUACACUGUGAGCAACGAUGUACUGUUGAAAGCUUUUAGAAAUGAUCAUAAUGAUUAAAGACCAAAAGUUGAUGAGCAACUAGAUUAAGCGUUAGAGAAAUAUUUUUUAUUAAGUUAAGUUUAAAAUACUGUCAAUUUUUUUUUUCGUUUCAAAUUUGAUAUCUAUGUAAAUAUUGUUUCAAUUUAUUAUGAAUUUUUAUAUGGAAAUGUAUAUACACAAAAUAUAUAUUUUUGCACGUUUUUUUUAUCAAUCAAUGAAAAAAAAUUUAAAUCAGAAGAAAAAUGAGAAAUACACGCAAUAAAUGUAUUUUUAAGUUGAUUUCAAUGACAUUAAAUGGAUUUCGAAUCAAAACAGAUUCAUUGAACAAUAAAAUAUGUGCUUUUGAAGAAAAAAAAAAA